GAUCAGUCAUUCACUUGUUACAAGUGCGGUAAACAGUGGACGGACUCCUUGUCAAGACAUCUACGUGAAGAAUGUGGCGUGUUGCGAACGAAAUUUCGGCGCAUUAUGUACUACGCCAGAGAAACAGGAUCGAAUUCAAGAGAGAGCACUGUCGCGUCAACUAUGAUCGGCCAUUCACAUGUUACAAGUGCGACUCAACGCAGUACAGCAUGUCGGAUUACUACAAGAGACUGGGUAGACACUUUUGUUCGAAAUGUGGAAAAGAAUACAAAUGGAUGCAGUCAUUGGUCAGACACGAACGGGAAGAAUGCGGAAAAGAUCCGCAGUACAGUUGUUAUAUAUGCGGUGCAAAAAUUAGACAUAAGUGGAUGCUGAAGAAGCACGUGAUCAACGUUCAUCGCCUAGUCAUUUCGAAUGGCAAGAACAUUUGGAAUGAUCAACAAUAAUCAAGAAAAUCUACAUAAUACUAUCAUAAUCAUAUACAUAAUCAAUAGAUCUGUUUUUAUUCCUGCACUAGACUACACUAGAAUUUUCUUUCUCGCUUUCAUUAAAUG